CUUUAUGUUGGCAUUACUCUUACCAUCGCGAAAUAUGCACGCAUUGAGACGCCUGAAUUUAGAAUGUUCGUUGAAAAUCUACGUUGAAUUAAAUGAGAAUCAGUGCAUUGGUGGUAUAUUGCGUGAACUUUUUGAUCAAAGAUAUAAUUUAGGCUGUUCUUAUUUGUGUUUAAGUGACUGUAGUGGGUGACGAAAAAAGUAAAACGUAGUGCGUCUAAAGUUGAAACAUGGUGCCGCUAGGACCCGGUCCUGGCCAUCCUGCUGCACAUCAAACUCACGGUGGACCUUCCACCAAUCUGUCUGGACCCAAUUCGCUUUCACAAACACCUCAAACCAAUAAAUCUUCAGCUGCGAAGCCGAAUUACACGCUUAAAUUCACACUUGCCGGACACACAAAAGCGGUAUCGUCUGUGAAAUUCAGUCCCAAUGGAGAAUGGCUGGCAAGCUCUUCUGCUGACAAACUUAUUAAAGUUUGGGGUGCUUAUGAUGGCAAAUUUGAGAAGACAAUUUCUGGACACAAAAUGGGAAUCAGUGAUGUGGCAUGGUCAUCUGACAGCAGAUUGAUAGUCAGUGCUAGUGAUGAUAAGACUUUGAAGGUGUGGGAACUAAGUUCAGGCAAAUGUUUGAAGACCCUGAAGGGACACAGUAAUUAUGUUUUCUGCUGUAAUUUUAACCCUCAAAGCAAUCUUAUUGUCUCUGGUAGUUUUGAUGAAAGUGUAAGGAUAUGGGAUGUAAGAACAGGCAAAUGUUUAAAGACACUACCGGCUCACUCCGAUCCUGUGUCAGCAGUCCAUUUCAACAGAGAUGGCAGCCUUAUUGUAUCAUCUAGUUAUGAUGGCCUGUGCCGAAUUUGGGACACGGCAUCAGGCCAAUGCUUAAAGACACUUAUCGACGACGACAACCCUCCUGUGUCCUUCGUGAAGUUCUCACCAAAUGGCAAAUACAUACUAGCAGCAACACUGGACAAUACGCUCAAACUGUGGGAUUACAGCCGAGGCAAAUGUUUAAAGACAUACACGGGUCAUAAGAACGAAAAAUACUGCAUCUUUGCAAACUUCAGUGUUACUGGUGGAAAGUGGAUUGUAUCAGGCUCAGAAGAUAACUUGGUAUACAUUUGGAACCUGCAAUCAAAGGAGAUCGUACAGCGGCUAUCAGGUCACACAGACACGGUGCUGUGCACGGCGUGCCACCCCACGGAGAAUAUAAUAGCGUCGGCAGCACUAGAGAAUGACAAGACUAUCAAACUUUGGAAGAGUGAUACUUAAAAUUUUAUUUUGGCUUGUAUAAGCAGAAGCAGUGAUCUGUAAAUUAUGUGGCUUCAUAUUGAGAGCCUAAAACACCAAUGAUUUCGAACUGAUUUAAAGCCACCCGAUUUGUGGCACCUUGGACAUAAGAUUCGAAAAUUUUCAUUAAAGACCAUUUGUAUAUUUUCAUUUCACAGUGAUGAGUGCAUUUUCAGUUGUUAUUAUUAUACAUAUUUUUCUAUCUGACAUACGAAAUGAAGAGAUAUGAAAUAUUUUAGAAAUUAAUUUUAGUUAAGAUUGAGUUUAAGAAUGCCGCUUAAGAAUAACUUGUUGGAUACGAUUAAAAAUUUAGUAGUUUA